GAUCCUAUCGCAUUUAUAGCAUUCCUGUUGAUUUUCAAAGUUUGCGCGUCAGCCUGUUCAUAUCGAUUUGAUCGACGGCAUUCCGCGGUUGCAGACAAUGAGGCACGGCCCUGAACAACAUCACCGUUCCUUCUCGUCUUGCCGUCGACCAUAUACCCCUACCACUCUCCAAGGUCUUCCAAGAAGCUGCCAUGUUAGCUUCGGCAGCAGACAUUCCCGAAGAGUUAUUUGAAUUAGUUUCGGAAAUCCUGACUCGGAACGUAACGUUCAUCCGUGAGCCGGAGGACCGCGCCCCAGUCAAACGUUGUAUGAACCGAUGCUCGCUCGUGUGCAAGUUCUGGGCCUUGCAAUGUCGCCCUCGCAUAUUCAGCCAUCUCACCUUGCGAUCUAUUGAAGACACUCAAACCCUGCUCAAUCUCUCACGUGUGGUCAGGCGUUACGUCGUUAACAUCUUCCUUGAAGAGAUAGAGCCCUGCGAGCCGUGGACACACAUCGUCCAUCGCGCAGUUGCGAGCGGUGAGCUCUCGCCGGACACUAUAUCCCACAGGCUCGAUGGUGCCUGUACGCCGACGUCUGUCCAAAUUCUCCGUUCUUUACACCCGUCCUUACCUCAGCGGACUCCUGUGGCCUAUCAAGAACACAUCUUCCUCCAUGUUACGAACUACCGGCUACGGGUUUUCACAGAUAUUGCGCAGCUAGUGCGCAAACUGCUGGAGUCAAGGAACUGGCAGAUCGAGUUUACCAACAUCUCGUGGAUCAAGACCCCCGAAACUGUUCCUUCCGCGCUUGGGAUGAAGAAUCGGGCGAUGUGCCACAACAUCGAAAUCAGGCA